AUGCUGGANGGCGGUGGAGGCGGCGGAGGCGGAAGCGAAGGAGGUCAUGGGGAGUCGAUUGGAUUCACCGGUUCCCAUUUUAACACCCCUGUAGAUAUACACCACGAGAAAGAAAUUAAAUUGAAGGCUCAUCCAGAAUACUACUACGAUUAUCACGUGGCCGACCACAAACACAAGGACUACAAGAGCAAACACGAGACUCGCGAUGGAUACAAAGUAAAGGGUACGUACAGUCUCUUAGAACCUGACCACAAAACCAUUCGUGUUGUGGAUUAUGUGUCCGACAAGAAACUUGGAUUUGUCGCCAAAGUAUCUUACAAAAAGCAUCAGUAA